AUGUGUGAUAGUAACAGUCCUUCGACUCAAAGUAUAGCGGACUACUUAGCUCAGUUGCUCAAAGACAGGAAGCAACUGGCUGCGUUCCCGAAUGUUUUCAUGCACAUGGAGCGACUUCUGGAUGAAGAAAUAGCAAAAGUACGAGCAAGUUUAUUCCAAAUAAAUGGAGUUAAGAAAGAGCCACUCGUGCUACCAGAGCCAGAAGGCAUGGUCACCACAUUAACAGAAAAAGUUUACGUGCCAGUAAAAGAACAUCCAGAUUUCAACUUUGUUGGAAGGAUUCUGGGCCCUAGGGGUAUGACAGCAAAACAGCUAGAACAAGAAACAGGCUGCAAAAUCAUGGUCAGAGGAAAAGGGUCAAUGAGGGAUAAGAAAAAGGUAAAUUAUAAUGAGGACGCAAACAGAGGAAAGCCAAAUUGGGAACACUUGGCUGAUGAUCUUCACGUCUUAUUGACAGUCGAAGACACCGAGAACAGGGCUAAGAUCAAGCUGGCCAGGGCUGUUGAUGAAGUUAAACGUCUGCUUAUACCUCAAGCCGAUGGUGAAGAUGAACUGAAGAAGCGCCAGCUCAUGGAGUUGGCUAUCAUAAACGGCACAUACCGUGACUCUAGUACCAAGGCGGUUAUGCCCGUCAACGGUCAGUGCCUCAUAACGGACGAGGAGUGGCGGCGCGUGGCGGCGGCUGCGGCCGAGACGCAGCGCUUGCUGGCGCCGGGCGGCGUGGGAGGCGUGGCACUGCGCACGUCGGCGCCGCUGGGCGCGCCGCUGAUCCUGUCGCCGCGCAUGUCGGGGGGCCCCGGCGGGGGCGCGGGGCUGCUCAACGGCUCGGGCGCGCAGGCCGCGGCCGGCCUGCUGUCCCCCGGCGAGCCGCAGCACCAGCUCAUCUACGCCUCGCCCUACGACUACGCCAACUACGCGGCGCUCACCGCCGCCGCCAACCCUCUGCUCACCACCGAGUACGCGGCCGCCGACCAUACUGCGUCGAGAUAUCUGCUAGCUGGCUUUUGA